AUGGCAGAAUUCAAGAGACGCGGGGACAUUCUUGUCCUCGCUUUACUGGCCGGUGGCGCUUUGGCCUUGCCGCAAGCAGUCACCACUCCCGCUCCCAUCCUCCCGCGAGCCGAGUCUCAGUGCAGCCAGGUCGUGUCGACGUACUAUGGCAUCGACACCACCGUCUCCAAUUACAAUGGCUUCGUCCAGUCGAUGAACAGCGCCUACUCGUCUUCUGGCGAGGUCUUUAGCGGCACUAGAAUCCCCGUGUUCACGACCGUUCAGUACCUGAGUGACGGCAGGUCGUUCACGGCGUACGGCUUCUACCACAAGACUGUCCUUGAAGAGGCCGGCUACAGUAUCUACUCGUCCAUCACCACCAUAACGAAAUGUACCACCUCUACCAGUGUGGCCCUGCCGCCGUCGCCUACUGGGUCGAUCUGCAGUCCCCACGGAGACCACUGUAUCCCCGAGCCCACAACUCCCCCUCCGGCCGAGGUUACUACCACCUCCUCGCCUGGGCAGUGCGAGCCUCACGGUGAUCACUGGCAUUGCCCUCCCGGAGUUCCGGAACCCACGACCCCUCCUUCUUCCGAACCCACCACAACCAGCCCUGGAGAGUGCGAACCUCACGGCGACCAUUGGCACUGCCCGCCCGGCGUGCCCGAACCCUCUACGCCGCCGCCCUCUGAACCAACCUCCUCUACUAGCCUAGGAGAAUGCAUUCCCCACGGUGACCACUGGCACUGCCCUCCAGGCGUUCCGGAACCCACGACACCACCUUCUUCCGAACCCACCACAACUAGCCCUGGAGAGUGCGAACCUCAUGGCGACCACUGGCAUUGUCCACCUGGCGUGCCCGAACCCACCACUCCGCCUCCCUCUGAACAAACUUCCACCGCUAACCAGGGAGAGUGCACUCCCCACGGUGACCACUGGCAUUGCCCUCCAGGCGUUCCGGAACCUACUACCCCUCCUCCCUCAGAGCCAACCUCUUCGACCAGCCCAGGAGAAUGUGAACCUCAUGGCGACCACUGGCACUGCCCACCUGGCGUGCCCGAACCCACCACUCCGCCUCCCUCUGAACAAACUUCCACCGCUAACCAGGGAGAGUGCACUCCUCAUGGCGACCAUUGGCAUUGCCCGCCCGGCGUGCCCGAGCCCACCACUCCACCUCCCUCCGAACCGACCUCCACCGCUAAUCCGGGAGAAUGCGAGCCACACGGCGACCAUUGGCACUGCCCGCCCGGAGUCCCGGAGCCUACUACGCCCCCUCCCUCAGAGCCCACGACCACUGCUGGCCCCGGCGAGUGUGAGCCUCAUGGGGAUCACUGGCAUUGCCCCCCAGGCGUGCCUGAGCCGACUACCCCACCCCCGUCCGAGCCGACCGAAACAGGCAAUCCUGGAGAAUGCACUCCGCACGGAGACCAUUGGCAUUGCCCUCCAGGCGUUCCCGAACCCACAACCCCCCCUCCAGCGGAGCCCACUGAAACUGGAAAUCCUGGGGAGUGUGAACCUCAUGGAGACCACUGGCAUUGUCCCCCGGGAGUACCGGAGCCCACAACGCCUCCUCCAUCUGGCGAACCUACGGAUACUCCUCCUGAGGGAGGCGAAUGCACACCCCACGGCGAUCACUGGCACUGUCCUCCCGGUGUGCCGGAACCAACGACUCCACCCUCCGCGGAGCCGACUGAUGGGUCUCAAGGCGGCGAAUGUACCCCGCAUGGCGACCACUGGCAUUGCCCUCCAGGUGUCCCCGAGCCCACAACUCCUCCCUCCAGCGAACCCACGGAUACUCCUCCCGAGGGCGGCGAAUGCACACCCCACGGCGAUCACUGGCACUGUCCUCCAGGCGUGCCCGAGCCGACAACACCGCCCGCCUCCAGCCCCACGGGAGGCAGUUCGGGCGAGUGCACUCCCCACGGUGAUCAUUGGCACUGUCCGCCUGGCGUCCCAGAGCCAGACUCUCCUCCUCCUUCCGGCGGGUCCGAUACGACUUUGAGCAAGGUCGUCAGGCCUACUGGCGAGCCUACCACCGUGCCUAUCACGGCUGGCGCUGAGAGCGUCAGGGUGCUUGGCAUGAAGGGAGCCGCGUCCUUCGGUCUAGCCAUUGUUGCUGGGCUUGCGUUUGCGCUGUAG